CGCGUGUAGCUCUCCCCGCCCUCUCGCCGCGCGCAGGCGCAGCUAGGCCGCUCUCUCAGCGUGUGCGCGUCGCACGCAGCAGUGGCCGGUUGGGACUGGGCGCGAAAGGGAAUCCCGGGCAGGGGGGAGGGGAAUGGGCAGCCUGCCCUGCCCGCGGGGCAGCUUAGCGCUCCUCCACUAUAAAACGGGCGCCAAGGUCAGGAUUACGCAGUUUUGCCGCCCCGUUUCUUCUCUUCUUCCAUCUUCGUCAUCUUCCUCCUCGACUCCUCGUUAUAUUAGCUCUCGCAGAUCAGAUCGGAGACGAAGAAGAUGGCGUCCAACUACGUCGACACCACCGGCGACGAGGGCAGGUUCCACGGCCACCACAGCACCAACACCACGCCGACGGGCGCCGCGGCGUCGUCGCCGAGGACGAUGCGCCGGAGCUUCUCCAACGCCUCCUCCGGCAGCCACGGCGGCGGCGGCGGCGCCAAGUGCGUGUGCGCGCCGGCGACGCACGCCGGGUCGUUCAAGUGCCGCCUCCACCGCACCAACUCCCAGGGCCACGGCCACGGCCACCCGCACCCCUCCCCUCCCACCUCCCCGGCCGCCGGCGGCGCCUCCGCCGCGCCCCGGCCGUCCUCCGCCUCCUCCCGCACCGUCGAGGCCCAGUGACCCCUGACCUCCCCGGCCGCACCAAGAAACCAACCAACCAAGAAGAGGAGGAGAAUCAGAGUGGGGGAGAAGAGAGUAAAAAAGAGCAUCGCGUAUCAUAUCAUCGGAAGGGAGUUUAUUUUUGAUUUCCCUCGUUGUGAUCUCCAUGUUCUUGGAAGAUUUUUCUUCCAUUUUUCCUUUUCUUUUUCUUCUUCUUCUUCUUCCUUCUUUUGGCUUUAUGGGAUCUCUCCUACUACAUGGCCAAACCUUCCUCUUCACCAUGAUGAGAAACUCCAAAUCAUCCCCUGCUCGAAUCAGCUCCACUGGCUAGUAGCUGCUACUUCUCCUCCCUCUAUUAUUAUAAUCUAUUGGAUGAUGAUAAGCUGAUAAAUGGAAAGAUAAGGGUUACCCUUCUGCUCUACUAUGUAAUUACUAGUACCAUUUUACCAUCCUAUUGAUAAUCCAAUCCCCACCUGGUUGAUUGAGUUCUUGUC